CUCUCCUACUCACCUGGCCAAGCCAGACCUCUGCAGGAACAGCAUGUCUUGCUCAUCCCGCGUGUCCUCCAGGACCCGAGGCAGCAGCUCGGUCAGGGUGUCCGUCGCCGGGGGCGGCAGCUUCAGCGGCGGAAGCAGUUGCAGGCUGCGGGGAGGCUCUGCCCGGGGCUUCCGAGGAGGGGCCGGCAGCUGUGGCCUGAGUGGGGGCACCAGCUGGGGCUAUGGAGGCAGCUUUGGGGGGGGGGGGGGGUGUGGUAGCUGCUCAGUAGGGGGUGGCUUUGGAGGAGCUUCAGGCUCUGGGGCUGGCUUCGGCGGGGGUUCUGGACUCGGCGGGGGUUCUGGACUCGGCGGCGGUGCUAGCGGAGGCUUCUACAGCUACGGCGGUGGUUUGGAUGGUGGCAUUGGCGAUGGCGGCCUCUUCUCCGGAGGUGAAAAGCAAACCAUGCAGAACCUCAAUGACCGCCUGGCCAAUUACCUAGACAAGGUCAGAGCCCUGGAGGAGGCCAAUGCUGAUCUGGAGAACAAAAUCAAGGAGUGGUAUGACAAAUUUGGGCCUGGGUCUAGAGAUGGUGGAUCCGGAAGGGAUUAUAGCAAAUACUAUCCAAUCAUCGAAGAUCUCAGGAAUCAGAUCAUUACUGCCAUGACUGAAAAUGCUGGGAUUGUUCUGCAAAUUGACAAUGCCAGACUGGCUGCUGAUGACUUCAGACUGAAGUAUGAGAACGAACUACAUCUCCGGCAGACAGUGGAGGCGGACACCAACGGCCUGCGGAAAGUCCUGGAUGACUUGACCACGACCCGUUCCGGCCUGGAGAUGCAGAUUGAGAGCCUCACCGAGGAGCUGGCCUACCUGAAGGAGAACCACGAGGAGGAAAUGAAGCGUGUGCAAUGAGGCUGCGGAGGGGAUGUGACGGUAGAAAUGAAUGCUGCCCCAGGAACAGACCUGACUAAGUUACUGAAUGACAUGAGGGCACAGUAUGAGGAGCUGGCUGAGCAGAACCGCCGGGAGGCCGAGGAGCAGUUCAAUAAGCAGAGUGCAUCACUGCAAGCACAGAUCUCUACUGAUGCGGGGGCAGCCAGUUCCGCCAAGAAUGAGAUAACAGAACUGAAACGUACUCUGCAAGCCCUGGAAAUCGAGCUGCAGUCCCAACUGGCCAUGAAAAGCUCUCUGGAAGGGACCUUGGCUGACACGGAGGCUGGCUACAUGGCUCAGCUGUCACAAAUUCAGAUACAGAUCAGCAGCCUGGAGGAGCAGAUCUGCCAGAUCUGGGGGGAGACUGAAUGCCAGAACGCAGAAUAUGAGCAGCUGCUGGACAUCAAGACCCGCCUAGAGAUGGAGAUUGAGACCUACCACCGCCUGCUUGAUGGCGAAGGAGGCAGUUCUGGUUUUGGAGGAUCUGAUUUUAGAAGCUUAGGAUCCAGAAACACAGGGUCCAGAAACAUGGGAUCCAGGGAUUCAUCCAUGUCUGGCGACUCAAGAUCCGGAAGCUGUUCUGUCCAAGGAAGAGAUCCAAGCAAGUCGAGAGUGACUAAGACCAUCAUAGAGGAGGUGGUGGACGGCAAAGUCGUCUCUUCCCAAGUCAGCAAUGUUUCUGAGGUGAAAAUUAAGUAAGCAAUUUCCAGGCCAACAAGUGUCUUUCAGAGAGAAAUCUAAAGGACACAAAUGAAGAUAUUGCAUCAAUCUAGCCAUCUUUCUGGAUGACUUCAGGGAAGAGUUUCCAUCCAGAAAUAGAUGACUGACCAAUUUUUCUGCAUCCUCUUCUUUUCUUAUUAGAAUGCUCUUGAAAAAGUUGAAAUGACGACUUUGCUCUAAUUGUUUCUAU